CUUUAUAAAUCUCCACAUCUUAUGUUACUCUUACAGUACCAAUAACAAUUAGCCAAUGGUGUAUCAUUGCUAGCCCAAGAUUCUUGAAGAAACCAAAAUGGAAGUGAAAGCAAGAGCUCCAGGAAAAAUAAUUCUUUCUGGUGAACAUGCAGUUGUUCAUGGAUCCACUGCUGUUGCUGCAUCCAUUGAUCUAUACACCUAUGUUUCCAUUCAAGUUCUCCCUUCCACUGAGAAUGAUGAUAGACUGACACUCCAGCUCAAGGAUAUGGCUUUAGCAUUUUCUUGGCCAAUUGGAAGAAUCAAAGAAUCACUAUCUAGCUUAGGAGGCCCUUUCCCUUCAACUCCCACGUCCUGCUCAACAGCAUCAAUGAAGUUAAUUUUAGCUUUGGUUGAAGAACAAAAUAUUCCGGAGGCAAAAAUUUCUCUUGCUUCUGGAGUGACGGCUUUUUUGUGGCUAUACACAUCUAUCCUAGGAUUUAAACCUGCCACUGUAGUCGUCACUUCUGAACUUCCACUCGGUUCUGGCCUGGGUUCAUCUGCUGCCCUUUGUGUUGCAUUCUCAGCAGCUCUUCUUGCUUGCUCAGACUCUGUAAACGUGGACAUGAAACAACAAGGGUGGUUAAUUGUUGGGGAGUCUGAGCUUGAAUUAUUGAACAAAUGGGCUUUUGAAGGUGAAAAGCUAAUUCAUGGAAAGCCAUCUGGGAUUGACAACACUGUUAGCACUUAUGGCAAUAUGAUCAAGUUCAGGUCAGGUAAUUUAACACGUAUCAAGUCCAGCAUGCCCCUCAAAAUGCUCAUUACUAACACAAAAGUUGGGAGGAACACAAAAGCAUUGGUUGCUGGAGUUUCAGAAAGAACCUUAAGACACCCUGAUGCCAUGAAUUCUGUUUUUAAUGCCGUUGAUUCCAUCAGUAAGGAAUUGGCUAAUGUCAUCCAGACACCUGCUCCAGAUGAUCUGUCCCUGACUUCGAAGGAAGAGAAGUUGGAAGAGUUAAUGGAAAUGAAUCAAGGUUUGCUUCAAUGCAUGGGGGUAAGCCAUGCUUCUAUAGAAACUGUUCUUCGAACAACAUUGAAAUACAAGUUAGCUUCUAAGUUGACUGGAGCUGGAGGUGGUGGCUGUGUGCUGACAUUGUUGCCGACCUUACUGUCAGGAACAAUUGUAGAUAAAGUAAUUGCUGAGCUGGAGUCUUGCGGAUUCCAAUGUUUGAUUGCUGGAAUUGGCGGGAAUGGUGCUGAGAUUUGCUUCGGUGCUUCAUCCUGAUUAUAGGAAGUGCUAACAAACCAAGGCUUUCUGUCGGAAUAGUACUUCCAAGAGCAAUAGACCGUUCUUGAUGCCAUACUAAUGGAUUUUGAAUCCAGUAAACCGAUACUUUUAGAAGACUCACAUUGCAGGCUAGUGGUACCAUGGCUAACACAGCAUUUAUGCGAUGCCACCAUAGCACUUUUGUGCUCCAUAUAUCAAAUCUGAGCUACCAUUAGCAUCUGGCUUAAAUGCAUUAUAAUUAUAAAAAAAAAUCCCUGUAAAAUGCUUGCGUGAAUCCACU